GGAAGUCGUCGUUGAUAAGAAAAAUGGCUGUUAACGUGUCACUUUCUUUUGGAUGUACUCGGAAAACAUUUUAAUGCCGCAAGUUGUUCACAGUCCACAAUUAUAAAUCUAGCUGACUAGCAUUUGUCAAAAUAAUCUUCAGGAAAAUCAUGGGUAAUAAUAUCAGCAGGAGACUUGUUGGAUCACGGAGCUUAGAAGAAGAUGUGCCAAUGCCAAUGCCAGCUGGUGUAAUAAGAAAGCCACGUCCUUAUGACGAAAUUUACAUUCCCGAAAGUGAAGGCUUUGUUAUGCCAAUGCCAGAAGGUGUUAGAAGAAGGAGGCACCCUUAUGACGAAGUGGACAUUCCUGGCAAUGAAGCCACGUCAAUUCCGGAUGAACUUCAGUACGAUCCAAGAACCAGAGAGCUCUAUGAAAAGGCUAUCAAGGAAGGAAGAGAAGAAGACUCGACAUUAAGAGUAAUGGUGAUUGGUUGUUUUGGACAGGGUAAAACAUCACUGACUAGGCGUCUUACAGGGCAAACAUUAGACAGGAUUGAAACUACUGAUGGAAUAGAAGUAGAUACCUGUACAGUACAUGAAGACUCAAAAUGGAAACGAGGCUCAAAAGAUUACCACGAGUCAGAUUAUCUCAAACGUAUUGCAGUUAUCGCAAACAACACUCAAACGUUUACUGAAACAGCAUUGCCAAAGGAAGAUCAUCUGAGAUCUGAAAGUAAACAAACAGCUUAUCCCGAGGAACUUAGUAAACCACAAGCAAUUUCUGAGAUCGAAGAUAAUAAAGAAAUUACAGAUGCCAGGAGCAAAACAGAAAACUUCCAAGUUUUUAAAUCAGAGUUACUGAAACGACGGUCACUAAAACAAAAAACAGAUGAUAAAUGUUAUAAACUAAAUAUCUGGGAUUUUGGUGGGCAGUUUGUCUAUUACGCAACGCAUCAAUAUUUCAUUCAAGAGAUGCCGUUUAUCUUUUGGUCUUCAACCUGA